GCAAUCCAAAGGAAACAGCACAUUUUACCCCUGCUACAGCCCAUCCACGAGAACACGGAUGGAGAAAAUAAGUGCUGGCUGCUUUAGCGAGCAAAUGACUUCUUCCCUAUCCAGUGUUUUUCUGAAGAGAGACCACAUGAGAGAUCUCAGAAGAUACCUGGUACUCAAAUAUAUUCAGUACUUAGUCCUGCCUUCUUCAAAUACUCUCAUUGCUCUUUUGGGACUUUUAGGCAGUCUGUAUACAAUACUCAUUCUGAAGUCUCCAAGCAUAUCAUACAAGUCCACUGCUGUUUUUAUUUCAUACAUAGCAAAAGCAGACAUACUGUUUUUUGUUAGCAUUGUUUCCAAGAUGAUCAUGGAGCCAUUUGAUGUUAAAAUCGUAUCUGCAGCCUUUACAACAGCCCUGUGGCAGAAUUUCCUGACUGCAAAUACACAUAUUUGCUGCCUGCUGCUAACCUGUGUUACUUUUGAGGCCCUUUUGAUAAGCAUAUUUUCAGUAGAAUCACGCCAUAUAAGGACUGUGAAAUACGCCAGACAGACAUCUAAUAUGAUCUACACUGUAGUAAUUGCAGAAUGCAUCAUUUUCCAGAUGGAGGACUUCCAGGAACCUUUUGGCCUCAACAGUCAAUAUAUUUUGUUGCUUCACUUCUGUUACAGAGCAUCGUCUCUUCUCAGGUCUCUUAGUUAUUUCAUAGGCUUGUCUUUAAGGAUAAUCAAUGUAUAUAUUUACUACAAAAUAUUUUUUAAUGUGUCUAACAGGUCUAGACUAAAGACAAAGUAAUGUACUUCCUAGAAGAAACAAGUACUCUAUAGCCAAAUAUAGACAAUAUGGAAAAUGCUCUUUUAAAAGUGAUGGGGUUUGAAUUACAUAAACAUAAGCCAGGCAAUCCAGGAUCAUUGUUUUAUGACUAGGUAUUUAAGUUUGUCAUGCUGAGCUGAUAAAUGAUGAUAUGUGUCAAAGAGCUGAGGAAAAGCAAAACUAACUGGAGGAUGCUGUCAGCUUCAGCAUAAGAUUAACUUGCUUGGAAAGGCGAGGACUGAGCCAUAAAGUUAGUGAUUUUAUAGAUGUGACAAAUGUAUUACCAAUUUAAAAUGGGUUUAAGAAAUUAAGCAAUCUGGAUAUCAUUAUUCAUAUUAAAACAAUGCUUAUGGACUGAAUCAGGGAUACAGGCCGCAUUGUGCCAACUGCUAUAAAAAUUUGUAGCAAAGAGCCAGUCCAUGCUGCAAAGAGCUCACAGUUCAAGUUAAUCAUGACACUCAACAGGUAGACAAGCUGCGUUCAUGCAGUAGCUUGCCACCUGCCUAGCCAUUAUCAACAUGCAGAGUUCUGCAAGCAGCUCACACCUGCUGUGAUAUCAUGCCAUAGCACACUACUUGCAGUUACUUUUAUAUAGUUACUUCAGCGCAUUA